CUCGCCCAUUCCCCACAAACCUUCUUCGACAUUCUAAGCCAUCUAUCCAUUCCAUUUGCCAUCACUCAUGGCUUCUAUUUACCAUUCUGCCACUCUCUGUGUCUUCUUGUUUUGCUGCUGCUGCUUUUCUAUUAAUCUAUCGCACUCGGCUUUAGUUCAAGAACAGCCACUGGUUCUGAAAUACCAUAACGGAGUUCUUUUAAAAGGAAACGUCACCGUUAAUCUCAUUUGGUACGGUCGUUUUACACCAACCCAACGCUCAAUAAUCACCGAUCUCAUAACCUCGUUGAGCUCCAGUAAAUCUCCGUUACCUUCCGCGUCAUCCUGGUGGAAAACAACUGAGAAGUACCGUGGAGGUUCAUGCAGUCUCAAAGUAGGUCAUCAAAUCCUUCACGAGCAAUACACUUUAGGGAAAACCUUGAAGACUUAUCAUCUACUCGCUUUAGCUUCAAAAGUUAAUUUUGCCAUGAACUCGAUCAACGUUGUUUUGACGUCAGACGACGUCGUUGUCGACGGUUUUUGCAUGAGUAGGUGCGGUACUCACGGGUCUUCUCGCGGGUCGGUGAAAGGUACUUAUAUUUGGGUCGGUAACUCCGUAACUCAGUGUCCGGGUCAAUGUGCUUGGCCUUUCCAUCAACCUAUUUAUGGCCCACAGACUCCGCCGUUAGCUGCACCUAACGGAGACGUUGGAAUCGACGGUAUGAUUAUAAAUUUAUCUACUCUGUUAGCUAACACCGUUACAAAUCCGUUCAACAGCGGGUAUUUUCAAGGUCCUGCUACUGCCCCACUCGAGGCGGUUUCAGCCUGCACUGGGAAAUUCGGGUCGGGUUCUUACCCAGGAUAUCCAGGUCGGGUUCUGGUGUACAAGGUGACGGGGGCAAGUUAUAAUGCGCAUGGUGUUAAUGGAAGGAAGUAUUUAUUACCGGCUAUGUGGGAUCCACAAACAAGUGCUUGUAAAACGUUGGUGUGAUUAUGACACGUGGCGUGGGGAAUGUUAAAGAUGGAGACGUGGUAAAAAUCUGUGUAUUGUGAUGUAGAUAUAUCUAUAUAAGAGGGGGCGGGUACUGGGAAAUGGGAAGGGAUAGCUUUCUUUUUUUUGGAUUUUUAUUUUUGUACGUUAUGCUUUGAUGCGGUUGUCGUUUUGCUUGAUGUAUAAAUUUGAAAGAAAAAAAGUGAAGGAAAUGGGUUAAAUUAUAUAAUAAUAAAGAAUUUAGUAUAAAUAAA